UUCAUUCUGACAAUAACUUAUUUAUUGAGGAAACUCUUUAAAUCAUUUAAAUUAUUUUCUCUAUUUGGAGAUUAAUUAAAUUCCUAAUAUUGACAUUAACCGGUCUCUAAUUAAAUAGUAUACGUCAUUUAUAUAUCGAAGUGAAAUAGACGAUAUUUCUAGCUGAAAUAUCAAGUAGAAAAAUUCAACAAUGAUAAUCAAAAAUAAACCGUUCAAUUUGUUAUUAUUUCUCUUUUACACUGUGUCUAUAUUAAUUAUCACGACAACAUGUGAAUAUCGUUCAAUAGAUGGCAUGGGUAAUAACAGGUAUCAGCCAACGGCCGGUAUUCCAAAGACUCCUUUCGUAAGAAAUCUUCCUUCAACGUCCCAUUAUGCAGAUGCGAAUAAUAAUUUAAUUCAUACUCCCGGAGAUUAUACAUCUAUUCCAGAUACACUUUUUACUUGCAACGCCACCUUACCUGAUGACAUAUUUCCUUUACCCAGAUGUGUUAGUAAUAAAUUAAUGUCUAAGCAAUCAAAAGAUAAUGAUACAUUUGAUAUACCACGUUUGGAAAAGUUCAAAAGUAAACGAAAAGUUUCUCAUAUUUUAACAUAUUGGGGCCUUUUUAUGAAAAUGGAUAUUAGUAGUGGUUUCGAAUCAGGAAUGAAUUAUCCAAAAGGUGUUUAUAUCCCUCAAGACGAUCAAAUUUAUUUAUCUAGUUAUCGAAACGGUCCAAAACCCGCAGAUCUUUCUUUUGCUGAAGCUGCAUUACCGUUUAAUCGAUCAGUUCCAGAUGGUGGUAAUACAGGAGUUAAUGAGGCCACAUCAUUUAUUGACGCGUCAACAGUUUAUGGCAACAGUAAUGAUGAUUUACGAUUGGUCAGAGAUUAUAAUAAUAGGGGAAAAAUGAUAUUAAUAAAAGAAUCUACACCUGAUGGAGCAUUUGGAUAUCCACCUGUCUAUGCGAAUGGCGAUUUUAUAUAUGGAUAUAGUGCAGUAUUUGGAAGAAAUGUUUUUACAGAUUUUUUUCAUAUACUUUUCUUACGUGAGCACAAUCGAUUAUGCGAUGAACUUUAUAAUGUCAAUAAAGAUAAUUGGGAUGAUGAAACAUAUUUUCAAGAAGCUAGAAGAUGGGUUAUAGCUUUUCUCCAAAAAAUUACUUAUUAUGAAUAUCUUGGGACAGCAUUGGGAACUCCUUUACCUAAAUAUGAUGGAUAUAAACCAGAAAUUACACCAUCUAUUGACACUUUCUUUGCUACCGUAACCUAUCGAUAUGGUCAUUCUGAACUCAGUGACUUUCAUGACAUAGUAAAUGGACAAGGAGAAUUACUUACAUCGUUGAUGUUAAAUGAUUUACAAAAUUCUCAACUAAUAAAAACAUAUGGAGUUCCAUCUAUUGCACUUUCAUUGGCGCUUCAGAGACAAGAAGAAGUUGAUAUUUAUACUGCCGAUUUUGUGCGACAUUACCUACAUAUCUCAGAAUAUUUUGACAUUGUUAGUGUCGAUACUGUUCGAAGUAGAGAUCGUGGUAUUCCAUUAUAUAAUGACGCGAGACAAGCUUUUGGAUUAGCAAGAAAAAAUUCAUUUGCAGAAAUAUCAAGUGAUCCUGAUGUACAGAAAAGAUUACAAGAUACAUAUACAACGGUAGAUCGAGUUGAAGCAUUAAUGGGUGGAUUAGCAGAAGAUCACGUUAAUGGUGGAAAUUUUGGAGAGUUAUUUUAUAAAAGUUUUUCAGACCAAUGGAUAAAAAGCCGAGCCGCAGAUAGAUUUUGGUAUGAAAAUGCGGAUGCUGGAUUUAGUAAAGAGGAUAUAGCAAAAAUUCAAACAACAACAUUAUUAGAUAUCAUAAAAAGAAAUACCCCGGAUUCAUAUUACCCUCGAAAUGUCUGGUUCGUACAACCGCCUGCUUCGUCAAAAUUACCCGAAAACACUAAUAACGGUUAUAAUUCGCCUUUAUCACUUUCCAAUGAUUAUAAUAUUCAAUGGAAAAUGGAUUCAACAACUAUUACUUUCUUAAUUACAAUGAGUAGUACAAAUUCAUGGUUUGGAAUAGGAUUUAAUCCUAAUGGUAAUGGUAUGACAGACACUGAUAUGAUGAUAUUUUGGAAUGAAAAUAAUUCUGUUACUGGAAAAAAUUUUAAAGGAAUUGGACUUGGUAUUGUACCUAAGCAAUUAGAUAAUAAUGAUCAAAUUAUAACUAUUUCUAAUCAAAAAGUUGAAGGUGGUUUAACUUCACUUGAAGUUACUCGUCCAAUAAAUAAUAAAAAUAGAAAAUCCCUAGAUGGUGACAUCGAAAGUAUGUAGAAGAAAACAUGCAUUAUAUUAUUAAUAAUUAAUGAUUAAACCUAAUGUGUUUUCUACGUCUAGUGGUUUAUGCUUGGAAUCCUAACUCACAUAGCUUAACUUAUCACGGUGGAAAUCGUGGUAAAAGAAUGAUUAAUUUCCGAACAGGCACAACCACAGAUCU